ACCCCAAAGCCUUUGCACACAAGUACAAGAGUAGAUCUCUUAUUCGAUAAUAACCUACAUAAUCGACGAAAGGGUAAUACAACACAGACAGACAAUCUAAGGAAAAGCAAGGGACAAUCAUAGCACACUCAAACAAGUAAAUAAACGAUGACUAAUAAGAAGAAGAGAAUAUGUGUGAUUGGAGCUGGACCAAGCGGGAUGUCAGUCUUAUAUCAUUAUAAUAAACUAAAACAACAAGGAAAAGCCGCCUCUCAGAUUGUGUGCUACGAUAAACAGUCUGACUGGGGUGGUCUCUGGUUGUACUCCUGGGAGACUGGUUUUGAUCAAUAUGGCGAACCCGUGCACGGUAGUAUGUAUAGAGGUCUGUGGUCCAACGGACCGAAAGAGUGCGUGGAAUACCCAGACUAUACAUUUGAAGAUCAUUUUAAAAGGGCUAUUCCGUCUUAUCCUCCUAGAGAAGUUUUGUUUGACUACUUGAAAGGUCGUUGGUCGCAAAGCGAUCUCCGUCAAUGGAUCAAAUUCAACCAUGUUGUCCGCCAUGUCACCUACAAUGAUGACACUGAUGACUUCUCAGUUGUGGUUAGAAAUAUGCCAGAGGACAAAGACCUCCCAACUCAGAGAUUUGACUACGUCAUCGUGGCUUGUGGUCACUACUCUGUGCCUAACAUACCAUACUUCGAGGGCAUUGAUCAAUUUCCAGGUAGACUCAUUCACUCCCAUGACUUUAGAAAUGCAUCUCAGUACAAAGAUAAUGUGGUGUUAGUUCUUGGAUCAAAGUCCUCAGCAGAAGACAUGGCAACACAAAUUAUCAAAUAUGGUGCUAAGAAGGUCUUCAUUAGCUACAGAACGAUGCCAAUGGGAUUCAAAUGGCCUCCAGAGAUUGAAGAAAGACCACUUGUUACCAGUAUCCAAGGCAACACUGUCCACUUCAAAGAUGGCAGUAGUGCAGWGGUUGACUCCAUCAUCCUAUGCACUGGGUACMUUCACAAAUUUCCUUUUAUGGAAGAACGUCUUUGUCUGAAAACAAAGAAUGUUUUGUAUCCUCCAGGCUUGUACAAAGGUAUUCUAUGGUGCCAUGGUGGUAAUAACAAGGUCAUGUAUAUUGGCAUGCAGAAGCAGGUAUAUACCUUUACUAUGUUUGAUGCACAAGCAAAAUGGAUAAUGAGUUACAUCAGUGGUGAUCUCAAACUCCCUGAUAGAAAGCUUAUGUGGAAAGAUAUCAACACUUGGACGGAAAGAAUGAACGGAUUGAAGACAGACAAGAAGGAGGCAGUCAUGYUCCAGACUGAUUACAUAUGUGAUGUUGGAGAAGAUUGCAAGUAUGGCUACGAUAUUGGAGUAAAUGAUUUAUUMUUUGAAUGGAAUCACAACAAAAAAGUCGACAUCCUGACAUACAGAGAUAAGAGCCAUGUUAGUAAAUUCACUGGAGUCAAGUCCAUCACCCACCACACUGCGUUCAUGGAAGCUUUCGAUGACUCACUGGAAACAUUCGUCAAAAACCAGGAUCCGGAAAAUUUGAGUUGCCAUUAACAACACAUAUAAAUGAAUAAUUAACAAAGUAAUUUUAAAUAUUGCAAAUGACUUAGGAUUUAAGAUUUCUCUGUACGUAGGAUUCAUAUUCGAUUACACACUGCUUGUUAAAACAUUUGAAAAGAGUGAUACUCAAAUAAAAAAAUCGUGUC